ACAGAUAGAGAUAGAAAGAGAAAGGCAAUUUUCUUUUAUAACUCCUUUAAUUUUUAUUAUUUUAAAUUCUAAUUAUUGUGAAUUUUCUGCAGUCAUAUACAUAUAGGUAUAUGUAUAUACAUAGAUAUCUGUUUAGUUUAUUACAAUUCUAGAGAGAGAAAGAGGGGGACAAGCAUUGGGAAAGAGGAGGGGGUGAAGAAGAAAGAAAGAGGAAGAGGAAGGAGAAGGAGAAGCAGAGGGAGGGGAGAGAGAGAAAAUGUCUGGGAAGUGAAGGGGAAGGUAGGGGGCAAAGCUUCAGCAUUUGGUCUCUUGACAAGAACCUCAAAAACAUUCUACAUUCAACCCCGAACCUUCACCAGUUUCCUGCCCCUUGUCGGCUCCUUUUCCGGCGACUUUUGUCGACUCAACCCCACCAGACCACUCUCGACGGAGCUCCCCGCCGGAAAGUCUCGAUACCUUCCCCCACCUGUUGACUUCGCCUCCGGCGAAUUCUCUUCCGAUUUUAUAUUUUGAUUUUUCCUUUUUUCCUUUUCUUGCCCUGCCCCUUUUCCUCUCAGCUGUCCCUUUCCCGGAAUUUCUUUUGGGUCCUUCCUCUUGUUUGAUCUUGGAGGGUGAUCUGAGGGCGGACGACGAGCCCUCCUGGCCCUUCGUUCGGAAUUGUUCAUUUGUGGAAAUAACGAGGAAAGAUACUUUUUCACCAGCUGGGGAAGUAUUACAGAAGACUUUCCAGUAUCUCACUUCCUGCCUACUCUCGCCGGAGAUAUUGUCGGGGCGCCGGAUGUUGAUCGGAGAAUGAAGAGCUAGCUGGUCAGGUCCCAGCUGCCCAAGAUCAGUCCCCCCCGGGAAGUCCGCCGGAGACAAGCCAUGAAGACCCCGCCCACCGGUGCCGGAGCUGCCCCGGCCGCAACUGCCGCUCCUAAUCCCUGCGAAGGUGUUGGGGCGGAGAAGAAGAGCGUGAUAAACCCGGAGCUAUGGCAGGCCUGCGCCGGGCCUCUGGUCAACCUCCCGCCGGCCGGCACUCAAGUCGUCUACUUCCCUCAAGGUCACAGCGAGCAGGUUGCGGCAUCUAUGAAGAAGGUCGUGGAUGCUCAAAUCCCGAACUACCCGAACCUCCCCUCGAAGCUCCUCUGUAGUCUCCACAGCGUUACCCUGCAUGCAGACCCAGACACCGAUGAAGUAUUUGCUAAGAUGAUUCUUCGGCCUGUUUCUUCAUUUGACAAGGAGGCGCUUUUGAGAUCGGAUCUUGCCCUCAAGACUGGCAAGCCGCAGCCUGAAUUUUUCUGUAAAACGCUGACAGCAAGUGAUACAAGUACUCAUGGAGGUUUCUCUGUGCCCCGUCGUGCAGCUGAGAAGAUCUUUCCAACUCUUGACUUCUCUAUGCAACCGCCUGCUCAAGAGCUCAUGGCCAGAGACUUGCAUGACAAUGUGUGGACAUUUCGCCACAUUUAUCGUGGGCAACCCAAACGACACUUACUUACCACUGGAUGGAGCCUAUUUGUAAGUGGGAAAAGACUAUUUGCAGGCGAUUCUGUCCUAUUCAUUAGGGAUGAGAAGCAGCAGCUUCUCUUGGGCAUUAGAAGGGCUAACAGGCAACCCACCAAUUUAUCCUCAUCGGUUUUGUCUAGUGAUAGCAUGCAUAUUGGUAUCUUAGCAGCUGCAGCCCAUGCUGCUGCCAACAACAGCCCAUUCACUGUGUUCUAUAACCCAAGGGCAAGCCCAUCGGAGUUCGUUAUUCCUUUAGCCAAGUACUACAAGGCAGUUUAUGGUAAUCAAAUAUCGCUGGGGAUGCGAUUUAGGAUGAUGUUUGAAACUGAAGAUUCGGGCACACGGAGGUAUAUGGGCACCAUCACAGGAAUCAGUGAUCUUGAUUCAGUGAGAUGGAAGAAUUCCCAGUGGCGUAAUCUUCAGGUUGGGUGGGAUGAGUCGACUACAGGGGAAAAACGAACUCGGGUCUCUGUCUGGGAAAUUGAGCCUGUGACUGCUCCAUUUUUCAUCUGUCCCACUCCAUUCUUUAGAUCAAAACGACCGAGACAACCUGGGAUGCCUGAUGAUGAAUUCUCAGAUUUAGACAGCCUGUUCAAGAGGACAAUGCCUUGGCUUGGGGAUGAUAUGGGCAUAAAGGACCCACAAUCUCUCCCUGGCCUAAGUCUGAUGCAGAUGCAGUGGAUGAACAUGCAACAGAAUUCCUCCCUCGCGAACUCGAUGCAACCAGGUUACCUGAACUCCUUACCAGGGUCUGUUCUUCAAAACCUUGCUGGAACAGAUCUUUCCCGACAAUUGGGGUUUUCGGCUCCACAGAUUGCUUCACCUAACAACUUACAGUUCAAUGCCACAAGACUGCCCCAACAAGCACCACAGCAGCAGCAGCAGCAGCAGCAGCUUGAUCAGCUUGGAAAGAUCCCAUCGACAUUGAGCUCGCUAAGUUCUGUCGUGCAACCUCAGCAACAAAUGGGAGAAAUAUUGCAGAUUACACAACAAACAAGGCAAAAUUUGAUCAAUCAGGCUCCCCAGCUUCUUCAGCCUCAGAAUUUGGUCCAACCUAGUUCUACUAUUCUUCAGCAGCCGCCUUCAAUUCAAAAUCAACAGUUUAGGAAUCCUCCUCAAAACUUGCAACAGCAGCCACAACAGUCGAGUAUGAUGAGUCAGAGUCAACAACAGAAUUUGACUCCUCUGCAGUUGCCGGAUCAACUGAACCCGCAGUUGCAACAAAUGGCGGACAACCAGAUUCAGAUUCAGAUGCUGCAGAAGCUUCAGCAGCAGCAGCAGUCAAUUUUGGCCCAACAAUCAGCAAUGCAGCAACAGACGACACAGCUAAACCAAUUACCAGAUCAAAGACAGCUUUUAGAGGUCUCCCAUAGCUUCAGUAAAACAGUGGGCCCGGGACAGAUGCUAGAACAACUGCCUCAAACAGCAACCUCAAACUUGCUGUCUCAAUCUAACUUGAUGCCCCAGCAGCAGAUGACCAAGAAUAACUCUAGCAGUCAAAUGACUGUUAAUGUGCGGUUCGCUAACCCGCCUCAGCAGCCUAAACUUCCGCAAGAGCAAGCUUCCCUGCUGCCCGAAGUUCAAAUGAACACUGGACUUCCGCCCACUUCGACCAUGAAUCAUAAUUUGGUGCCUGGGGGCAGUAUGUUGGGAGCAGGUCCGGGACCCUCUGUAAUAACUGAUGAUGCCCCGUCAUGUUCCACCUCGCCCUCUGCAGGGAAUGGUCCCUCCUCUUUUGUCCAACCGAUCAUGAACAAUAGUAGGGUCCACCGAAGUGGGUCGAUGGGUGAGGACAUGGCCCAGUCGAAUCCCUCAUUCCUCAGUCCAAAUACCCUAGGGUCAAUGAUCAAGGAUUCACAGCCCAAAUGUGAGGUCAAGCCCUCGCUGAACAUCUCCAAGACCCAGAAUAACGGGUUCUUCAAUCCUCAGGCUUACCUAAAUGGAGGAACGACCCAAACUGAUUACUUGGAUACAUCAUCUUCGACAACCUCGGUCUGUCUCUCUCAGAAUGACGUGCACUUACAGCAGAAUAACAAUACUCCGCCCUCUUACCAGCAGCAGGGGAUGAUGUUCCGAGACACGAAUCAUGAUGGAGAAGUUCAAGGCGAUAUGAGGGGUAGCGUCAGUGUCCCAUUCAAUUCUAACAUUGAUGGGCACCUUGGGAUUCCUAUGAGUUCGGACCCAUUGUUAGGGAAAGGAAUGGGGGGGUUAGGAAAGGAUUUCACGAAUGACCUCCCUUCUGCUGGCAUUCUUCCCGAGUAUGACAACUCAAAAGAUCCCCAGCAGCUAUCUUCCUCAAUGGUUUCCCAGUCAUUUGGGGUUCAUGAUGUGGCAUUCAAUUCAAUAGACCCCACCAUAAACGAUAGCACAUUCUUGAGCAGGGGCACCUGGGCACCGCCACCACAAUAUCAGCGAAUGAGGACGUACACUAAGGUUUAUAAGCGAGGAGCCGUGGGGAGAUCGAUUGAUAUCACACGGUAUUCGGGCUACGAUGAGCUCAAACAGGACCUAGCUCGACGGUUUGGUAUAGAGGGACAACUGGAGGAAGGACAGAGGAUCGGGUGGAAACUCGUGUACGUUGAUCACGAGAAUGACGUGUUGCUAGUUGGAGAUGACCCUUGGGAGGAGUUUGUGAACUGCGUCCGCUGCAUCAAAAUCCUUUCCCCUCAGGAAGUGCAGCAGAUGAGCUUGGACGGAGAUUUCCGGAACGGUCUCCUCCCUAAUCAAGCAUGCAGUAGCUCCGAUGGUGGGAACGCCUAGGAGGGACCCAGAGAGAUGCCCGAAGCCAUUUUCAGGGGCUGGUUUCUUGCUGCAUAACGCUCAAGAAGUCGAGGUUGGAGCUCACACAAAACUGAGCUUGGGUUAGUGGAUAGUGAGAAGUUAUAGUUUCGGGGACUUGUCGAUAUUCCAUAGUCAGGUUUUAGAUGAGUUGUUAAUUUGUAUUCGCUCAUAGUUAGAGUUAAUUAAUUUAUCCCACCUUUCAGGUGGAUGUAGAUUUGCUAGAAUGUAAAAGCGCGAGGUUGAUUCGGUGCAAGUCUUGAAUUUUGUAUAGAAGGAUAUGGCAGUUGAUGAUCAACUCCUUGGAAGUUACGCUGUUCUGGAAGAAGAAAAGCUUCGGCCUCGGGAUUUUUUUCCUA